AUGUUUUACUUGAAGGCUAGAAAAGGACAACAAAAAGAGGUAGUCGUCUCUGUUCUUCAUGAUCCUGACGGUAAAUGUAAAACGCUCAAUGACGAAAAUAAGCUUGAAGCGGUGGAGUUAACCUUGAAAAGAGGAAUUCGCUUAGCAAAAUGGGAAUACUCUCCGCAGUCAGUGCAAGUCGGGAAAUUGAUCACAACGGUAACAUAUGGAGAAAUUAGAGAGGGUAAACUAACGAAAACCGAUGGCACAGUCAUCGAUGUCGCUAUAAAAGUGAUGAAAGGUCCUUCGGAAACGUGUAAGCAGCAAACGAAGGAGAUGGUAAAAGAGGCCCGCCUUAUGAGAAAUCUUAAUCACACGAACAUCAUACGCUUCUACGGAGUUUGUCUACUUGAACAGCCAAUAUAUUUACUGUUUGAGUUGCUAUCAGGAGGGCCGUUGGAUGUUUAUCUUAUGAAACACAAACAGGAGAUAAGUAAAGACGAAAGAUUACAAAUGGUGAUGAGUGUUGGCUGGGGUCUUGAAUAUUUACACUCAAAUGCCAUACUCCAUAGGGACAUCGCGGCAAAGAGUUGCUUCUACAGUGUCGGAAAGCUUGUGAAAAUCAGUGAAUUUGGUUUAUCCCGUCAAGGUACCAUUUAUUCGAUGAAGACAGCAAGAAAAAUGUCCAUAAAAUGGAUGGCUCCAGAAAGUUUAAGGACAUUAAUGUUCACUCAAAAAAGCGAUGUCUAUAGCUAUGGGGUGUUGAUAUACGAGGUGUUUUCCUGUGCAGAACCCUAUCCGAAACUAACGGUGAACGCUGCUAAGAAUGCUGUGAGUUACUGCAUUUGCCUUUGA